UUCGACAUUUCAAAUGAACGUCACCCGGAAGUAUGCCAAAACCUGUCAUCCUCCGUCAGUUCCUCGAAUUACAACCGAAAACACCUCACGAAGUACGACAGAUCUGGACCUUAGUCCACAUCCUGUGCCUUUCCAUCGCAGGCUUCAGUGGUUGGCUGUCGGCGUACACUUUUGGUCUCUACCUCCAAGACUUCGACUUCCAAUGCAUACUUUUCGCGACGCUAUCGGUUACGUCCGAGCACAGCGUGAAGGAGCACAACCUCACCAUCUUCUCCAACGAGUCGCUAUGGAGCAAUAUUCUGAAGAAGACCCCAGAUCAAAAGAUCGACAUCAAAAAGUCCAAAUGGGGCGAGCCCAAGCUCUGCAACUUCGUCCAGUUCUUGCACGUGGCUUCUAUGCUUAGCUCUGUGAUCUGGAUCGUGUUUUUCGCCAUUUCCGGUAGGGGGAGUAAGCUGCACGGGAGGCAAAUCAUCGGCAAACCUUACAGGUUGGUCUUCCCGUUCUUAUUCUGGAGCAUAAUCUCCAGCUUGGUGAUCUUUGUCACCAACUCGACCCUAACCAGUGGACUGAUCAAAUUCUGCAGCGUCAUAGAAGAUUCGGAAGGGAAGGAACAGACCCAGAUAUGUUUCGGCAGGUUCAUAGAGUCGUACAGGAUAUUUUUCGGCCACCACCAGGGCACUAGAUUGUUCACCCUUUUCUUCCUGGUGAAAUUCGGCGGUUACGUGGAGUUUAUCGCUUGGCUCUGCAACGCAUUGUGGACGUGUUUGCGCGUGUAUCUCAUCAUCGACUACAAGUUCUAUAUGGUGACCGUCUGGAAGUACGAACCCGAUCGAAGCGAGAGACUGAAGCAUAGAGUUACUUUCGUAGAGGAAAAGGACGAGUAGACAAG